AUGCAGGAAGAUGAGACUGAGAACCAAGCUUCAGCAAAUGGCAAGGCAUCUACAAAGAAGGCAAAACAUGAGAACUUGAAAAGCAAGAUGGAUGACAGCAAUUGGUACUACGCUGGGGUGGGGUGGGAUGAAACUUGUUUUGAUGAGGACGGCAACCUUGAUGAGCAGGCUGUUUGGUGGAAGGCACUUGAGCAGCUCAACCCGAAAACAGCAACUGCCAAGAAGGUGAAAUCCCCCAAGAAGGUGAAAUCCCCCAAGAAGAAGGUGAAAUCCUCCGAGAAGGUGAAAUCACCCAAAACUCGCCAGGCUAAAGCCACCCCAAAGGCCAAGGCUGAGGCCAAAUGCAAAGCAAAGCAAGCAAAGCAACCAGCAGGGCAGUCAGCAAAUUCACCAGUGAAGAAGUCAAAAAAACAGAACAAGCAAGACGGGAAGAAUGAGACUAAAAAAAGGAAACAGUCACCAACCAAGAAAGCAGAGCCAGCCGCAGCUGCCAAAGAUCACAAGAAACAGAAAAAACACAUGGUGGUUGGGAAGUCUGUUCCGGAGCAGGUGAUUCUUUACACCAAGAGAAUCAACAAGUUUUUGAUGCCUUUUGUGGGCUCCCCGAACCGCAAGUGCGAUGAAGAACAAAAAAAUUUGAUUCGUUCCCAACUCUGGGAUUUGAAAGGGACUGACCUAUCCUACAACAUCUACUGGUCAAAGACGGGUGCUGGUUUGAAAUGCAAGAGUGAAGGAAGGGAUUUUGCCUACCGCCAAGUUGACAACCCCAAACGCGGAACUUGGCUACUUCGUAUGGCUACAGUAUUGAAAGCUGCUGAGCAAAUGGCAAAGCGCGUGGAAGAGAUUCGUGCUGACCCAAACGUGGACACGUCUGACGGUGUGAUCGAUCAUAAUUUGAUUUCCAACACCAAAGCUUCGCUAGAUGAAGCGGUGAACUCUGUUAUUGAAGGGUUGUAG